AAAAAAAAAAAAACAGGACACAGAUGGUGAUCGAACAAUACGACACCUACAAGCCGAGUUAAAAGCAUCUCCCUUUUCACCAAUCGAACAAAAACCCACCAAGAUUCUGCCGCAAAUCGACGCAACUAGAUUAUUUUUAGGAUACCAUUACUAGGUUUUCGUCACUAGAUAGAGAGAGAGAUAAGAAAGGGAGAGGAUGGCGACGGCUCGAGUGGUGUUGGUUGCGCAGGAUGGUACCGGUGAUUACCGCUCCGUUCAGGACGCAAUUGACUCGGUUCCUCUUGGAAACACUUGUCGUACUGUCAUCCGCAUCUCGCCUGGGAUCUACAGGCAGCCGGUGUACGUGCCCAAGAGGAAAAACUUCAUUACUUUCGCCGGAAUCUCCCCGGAAAUCACCGUUCUCACUUGGAACAACACCGCUUCCAAGAUUGAGCAUCACCAGGCGUCUAGAGUCAUAGGGACGGGAACGUUUGGGUGCGGGAGUGUUAUUGUCGAAGGAGAAGACUUUAUAGCUGAGAACGUUACUUUUGAGAACUCUUCUCCUGAGGGAUCAGGGCAGGCUGUGGCGAUAAGAGUCACUGCUGACCGUUGUGCCUUUUAUAACUGUCGGUUUCUCGGCUGGCAGGAUACAUUGUAUUUGCACCAUGGGAAACAAUAUCUGAAAGACUGCUACAUCGAGGGAAGCGUGGAUUUCAUAUUUGGAAACAGCACGGCACUCUUGGAACACUGCCACAUCCACUGCAAGUCUCAGGGCUUUAUUACAGCACAAAGCCGCAAAACGUCUCAGGAAGCUACUGGUUACGUAUUCCUAAGAUGUGUGAUCACGGGCAAUGGUCAGAGUGGGUAUAUGUACCUCGGAAGGCCGUGGGGACCGUUCGGGAGAGUGGUCCUUGCAUACACUUACAUGGAUGCGUGUAUCAGAAACGUUGGCUGGCAUAACUGGGGAAACGCAGAGAAUGAGAGAAGUGCUUGCUUUUAUGAGUACAGGUGCUUUGGUCCGGGUAGCUGCUCGUCUGGACGGGUUACCUGGUCGAGAGAACUGAUGGAUGAAGAAGCUGGACACUUUCUGCACCAUAGUUUUGUGGAUCCAAAUCAGGACCGGCCUUGGUUGUGUCUGAGAAUGGGAGUGAAGACACCAUAUUCUGCGUAGAGUACUUGAAUAAAUGUUGUACUUUGUCACUGAGGCGUUGAAUAACAAAGGAUUCUGGAGAACCACCUACUUGUAAACCAAUUACUCAACUUGGUAUUAUCUCUGUCCUAUGAAUAAGAUGCCAAAGUCUCAGUUGAAUUGUACUGUGCCACUUAUUUCUUCUCGUUAGCGUUGUUGUUUGUUCCCCAUAUUUGUUAAACGUCAGGUUUGUA